GACAAACCCUUUCUUUCACGUGAUAUUAUCGAUGGGCUAUGUACGAGAUAUUCCUGGAUAUCAGUUCAUAUCCAAUGCUACAGAUAAACAAACAUUCGCAUUCACGUCACUAAUGUGGUAUUCAUCGAAGCGUGAAGAGUCUCCAUGUCUGUUGAUGAGGGACAAGGUUCUUUGCGGCACUUCUAACAUGCUGUUUCUUUCACCCCCCGCCCGAAAAUUUUACAUCAUUUGACACAGUGGGACCUUUGCGGUGGGUGUUCACUGUUCACAAGGUCAGAAUACGAAGCGAAUGUAUGUGCACUGGUGAAAGGGCAACAGAGCCUGCUGCACCUAUAAAGUGUCGCACUUCUUUGCCCUGCACAACAGUACAAGCCACACGUACACUCCUACUCUUGCGUCUUUCAUCGGCAUGUUUCUUUUCUGGCUCAACAUCAGAGUUACAAAUGUGUUCGAGCUACUAUGGUAUAUAACAGUGUCCCCACCGCCGACUGCGGAUAUUCCAGAGAAAAGGCCUUCAACUCCUGCGUCUCCUCCGUCCAAGCCCCUUGCUCCUCCGGUUAAACCCAUCUCACCCCUAUUUGCGCUGGUUAUUGGCAUCGACAAAUACCUUUCGAACGAGGUCCGACAUCUGAAGGGUGCAGUUGCCGAUGCUGACGCAGUCAAUACAUUUUUGCAAGAGACUCUCCUCGUUCCAAAGGACCAAAUCAAGAAUCUUCGCAACAAGGAUGCCACGAGAGUUACUAUCGAGACGGAGAUUAAGAGGCUUGGGGACAAUUCAGCAAUCAAGAAGGACGACCCGAUUCUCAUCUACUAUGCAGGGCAUGGAGCCGAAGCGAAAGCCCCGUCCCGAUGGCCCACCGACAACGGGAAGAUACAAAUGCUGGUUCCACACGACUUUGACCCCAACGGGUCGACCGACUCCGAGCGAGGUCAAGGAGUACUAGAUAUGAGGCUCUCUCAUCUUCUCGCAGACCUCGCUAUGAAAAAGUCAGACAACAUUACUGUCAUUCUUGAUUGUUGUCACUCUGGCUCGGGAACGCGAACAGGCAACCUUGAUCCGACCUUCGCCGUACGCGGGAUCGAGCUCCCAGAGACUUACACUAUCCCUCAAGGCCUUUUGAAUGGCGUUGAGCCAAAUGCUCGGGAGAGUGUCGUUCCAAAGAAAUACGAAAAUAGGGGUCUCCGGUCACACAUGCUCCUUUCAGCAUGUAGGCGGGGGCAAACAGCCAGAGAGACAGUAAGUGGCAUAGAGAAAGGUCAACAAGCCGGUGCCUUUACUACGGCGCUGUUGGAGUUGUUGAAGAAAAGGGGCAUUGACAAGCUUGCUUACAAGGACGUAAUAACCAAUCUGCCUGAUCUUCCCACGCAAGAUCCACAGUGCGAAGGAGUCCACCAAAAUCGAUGUCUUUUCAAUUCCAAAGUAACCAACCCACAAUGCGAAUUAUACCCCAUCCAUGCCUCUGGCAUGCCGGGACGGUACACUUUGGAAGCUGGCGAGGCCCAUGGGAUCACAAGCAAGGCCGAGUUCGUUGUCUUCGCAGAUAGAAACAUGGUAUCUGAGCUUGGAACUGUCGUUGCUUCAACCACCACCGCUUUCACCACCACGUGCGAUUUCGCUCCGCGCGGUGAUGAAACACCAUUCUCCCUUGCUAGUAUUGGAUAUGCUUUGCAGGCUCGAGUCGGCGAGGGACAGGAUAUUCGCCUUUUCAUCGAACCUGACAUAAAAUUACUCAAUGUCUUUAAGCAGAUAGCCAACGAGAUGCAAAGCAUCGAAGCAGCAAAGAGGCGAUUCCGUUUGGUGGAGAAGCGUGACGAUAAGCCGCAUCUGGUCAUUGGCGCGGAUGGUGAUGUUGUCCAUUUCGAGGUCAUGGAUGAGCGCUGUCGACAACAUGGGCUAACACACAUGCCAUUCAAAGUCAAAAUCGAUGAUUCAGACACUAUCCACCGCAUUCUUCAAAGUUCCGCUGAUUUCUACUGGCACCUUUAUCGUUCUACUAGCCAAGGGGCCCCCCUCUCCAGCAACGUCACGCUCGAGUGUAUGAAGCUUAAAGAGACCGGGAGGUUCACAGAUGAUUUACAAGAGAUUUUGGAACCCGAUGGCGAUAAUCUGAACAUUGAAGGUGUGAUUUCCGUCGAUGUCGAUGAGGAUGCGAUGUAUGGAUUCAAGAUAACCAAUAUGAUGUCGGUACCUCUUUAUGUUUCGAUGUUCUAUUUUGAUGUCAGUGAUUUGAGCAUCGAUUCGUACUAUCAACCGGGAAGCGCAAAAGACGGCGCCGUUGAUGUUUGUCUUCCUGCCAGAGAGUCGUUGACCAUCGGGUACGGCGCGAGUGGGAGUGUGCCGCAUAUGUACGCACUAAGGGAGGGACAAGAUGUUGAUGUUGGCUUCUUGAAGCUCUUCUUCUCGACGGAGUAUAUAGACUUGUCGGGCAUCGUCCAGAAGUCGCCUUUCGUCGGCGACCGCGAGAGCAAGUCAAAACCGAUGAAAAGGAAACCUGUAUGGGACUCGAUAUGUGUCACACUUGUUCAGCGGGCAGGUUCAGCUACUGGGCCGUGAAGAUGAAACGUGGCGUUCAUAUCGGUAUGUACUUUCCUUUGGAUUCGAUACCUUCAGCGGCUGCCUUGUCAUUGUUUCCCUUCCACUCUGCAGUCUAUUCGUGAUACACGAUGUGUAGUCAUACCAUCAUACGAGAAAGCAGUUCACGUUCUUAGUUUCGUACACAGCGUUCCAUAAAAAAUGACCACCAUAUUCCUUCGGCUUCUUCAUCUUUUAGGUGCAUGGUGUAGAAUUCAGAGCGUAGGAAAGAUAUCUGAUCAAUG